CGGAGGAACUUGCCUGGAACGCGAAACGCACAAGCGGCGAAGACGACAUUUCGCUUGCGAUCUCUCACGACCAGAUGGCAGCUCUGCACGACGACGGCCUCGACGAGCGGCUACGCCUCAAGAUCCAGCCGCAUCCGCCCAAGUUUCCCUUCAAAGGCCAUCCGUUCGAGAUCACAGUCUACCUCGUCGAUGGCUCCGAGCACUUGCGGACCGGGAUCAAGCUGCCACUGCAGGUCGACCUCGUCAUUGGCGAGAAGCAAGGCGACCGGCGCAUGCUGCGCCUCGACCCGUCGACGAAACCCCUCAUUGACGGCGAUGGCAUGUGCAAGCUCAAGCUCUCGAUCGAAGAGACGUCGAUGGCCCACGGCAACAAGAAGUUCCACUUGUCCAUAUCGCCUGCGUCCAGCGGCCUUGACGUGACCCCGAUUCUCUCCAACGAAAUGACGGUCAUCCGGCACCGCCUCGUGAUCCAAGAGGAGCUGCCCGAGCUGUGGUACAAGGACGAAGGCGGGCGCGACAAGUGCAUGCUUUUGCCCGUGCACCUGGUCGACCACAACAACAACCCGGUCGGGUCCCGGCCGGUCCCACUGCGUGUGACGCUGCUCUACGAAAACGAGCACCCGGUGCUCAAGCAGGACAUUCUCAAGAUGUCGCCCGACUCGCAGCGCGUCAUUGACCAGCACGGAAAAGCCGUCUUGAAGCUGCGCAUUGAAGACGUGAGCAAGAACCACCAGGGCCAAGCCUUCCGGCUCAAGGUCGAGGCCGACACGGCGCAGUCGCCCAUCAACUUUGACGUCGCCUUCGACCUCAGCACGACCAUUUCCGUGCGGUCGAAGCGCAACAAGCGCCGCGGACCGCCGACGUCAAGCGCACUUGGCGGCUUGAAGGCGCCGCACAUCAUCACCGGCGAAAGCCACGGAUCUCCGACGCACCUCGACCUCGUGUCGCCAUCGGACGCCAAGCGGUCGCGGCAAGACCACCUCGACGUUCCGACGUCGAGCGCCGCCAAGAUGAACCCGAGCAUGGAGAGCGUCCUGAGCUGGACCGGGUCGGUGGUCCAAGGGCUGCAACACCUCGAAUGGCAACCGAUCGGGUUUGAGACCAAACCGGAUGGCUCGAUGGACCGCGACCGGCCCAUCUACCGGUGUCCGGCUUGCUGGCGCUACAAGGACACGCUCACCUUCGACACGCAGCAGCACGACGCCAAGUGCCUCAUCGCCAACCUCCUCUUGACGUACGCCACCGAGACGGUCCACCACUACGACGCGCUGCUCAAGCUCACCGACAAAAUCCAAGAACGAAGUGGCAACAAGGGCUUUGCGGCACCGAGUGCCAUCGCCGCCAGUAGCAACGGCGUUAGCAACCCCAGCAACAACGGCAACAGCAACAACAACGGGCCGACGCCGCAGAGCAUGCCCAUGUACGGCAAGCCGCCGUCUGGGAUGGUGUCGUCAUCCGCGGCGACAGGGCCGCCGCAACUGCAGCGGGGCAUCACCGACAUGGUCAACUCGCUCGACGUGCCGCCCAACCUCUUUCGUGGCAACUCGUCGAGCCUCGCAGAAUUUUCCGAGCUUCUCGACGACUCGAACGGCAACAGCUUUAUGGCGCCGACGUCGUCGGAAGUGAGUUUGGCGAUCGAGGUGCAAGUGUACUGCGUCAUUGCGCGCAUGUCGGCGCUCAGCAACAAUGCGUACGCGGGGUUUCCAGCCUUUGACAUGGGGUUGCACCUCCUCGGGUUCUACCAAGAGUCGCAAGACACGUCGACGACGCAGAUUGUGUUUUGCCCCAUCAACGACGUGCACGGCAUCUCGACGUACGAGGUGCAGCGCUUCCAGAUGAUGGUGCGGCAAGAGCUCAAGGAAGAGAGCAAGGCGGUGUUCCGACUCGACCGGUUCUCGAACGACCUCAACAAGCUCAAGGAAAACGUCAUGUUUUUCCACUGGGAAACCAACAAGGAGCGCCAAGUGCCCCAGUGGGUCAUGUAAGCGUAGUAGGAGUAGGAGUAGGAACACAAGGAUACCAUCAUACACGUUGCAACACAUUUUUGAAGCGGUUCUUGAUAUAUUCAAUAUCUCACAAGCUCAGAGGUUAAAGCACGA